ACCCGAUGACGUCACGGACAGCGUGUUCACUUUGUUGUGUAGUAGGUCAUAGCAUUGCGGGAUGGAACCUGCGCCUGUCGGGGAGCUUAGUGAGCCCCAUGAGGCUGCUGCAGGCUGUUUAAUAAGUAGCUUCCUCUAAUCACUUAGUUUGCUUCUUUCUCUGGCUAAGGACCCAUAAGAAGUUCAAUGCUAAAGAGAUACAGUGUAUCCCUUGCUGCCCAAGUUAGGCCUGCUGGGUAUCCGUGACUGAGAAGUAAAGGAGUUAGGAGGGGAUUAUUUUGUGAGAGCCCCUCCCACACUGGAUUCUCCUAAGGGGAGUUGUUAGUUACAGAGGCCUGGGUUUCCUAUAGUGAGUUGGGAAGUCGUGGAGGGAGACAUGUCAGCCCCUAGCAACCCUGUCACCCAGCAGAUCUGUACGGAUGAGAAGGGAAACACCGAGGAAGAGUUCGCUGCCCUGUUUCACCCAGACCUGGAACUGGCUGCCGACUGCCUGCUGAGGGACCCACACGGCAACAGCCACCGCUUUGGCGAUCUCUACAGGGAUCAGAAAACUAUUGUGGUGUUGGUGCGGAAUUUCCUCUGUUAUACUUGUAAAGAGUAUGUGGAAGAUCUUGCCAAGAUUCCCUCAAGUGCCCUGGAGCAUUUUUGCUCCUUAACGAGUUAUCCUUAUGAUAUGUACGUUGAUACUGACAGAGAAAUUUAUUGUAAGUUGGGAAUGAUGAAGGGCGAAACCUCAACUUCUUCAGGCAAAAGUACUCAUGUCAAGUCAAACAUCAUCAGUGGAAGCAUUAAAAGUGUUUGGAGGGCAAUGACCAGCCCUGCAUUUGACUUCCAAGGAGAUCCAGCUCAGCAAGGUGGUUCACUUGUUGUUGGUCCAGGUAACAGAGUUCACUUUUUGCAUCGUGAUAUGAAUAGACUGGACCAGGCUCCCAUUGGUUCACUGUUGCAGCAUGCAGGAGUACAAGGAGUUCAUUUUGGUGACAGAUCUGUCAUAAUAGAUGUGUAAAGGGCCUAUUGUGUAAAACUUGCCUUUGGUAGCCAAUCAUCUAGACCAGAGGCAAGAUUUUACAGCAAGAUAGAGUUGGGACCCUUUUCUCAACACUGGGAAAAUUUGCACAUAGGCAGUAACUCACAGCAACCAAUUCAGUAUUUGCUUUCUUUGUCCUUCCUGGGUACAAAUUUGCCCAGUGUUGCUAAAUUAGCCCUAAUACUGAUCAAGAAAACUGCAACUUGGAGAUGUUUAUAUAGAGGUUUAUUCUUUUGUUUUGUUUGUACAAUUAUGUAAAGUUCAGAGGCAGUAAAUGCAUACAGUUUGUAGUGCUAUUACCAGCAACAACUGUAAGGAAAAUGACUUCCACAGCAUAAAUUUAGGAUCACUGCAAGUAAAACUCAUUACUUGGGGAGAUCUAGCUUAAUUGCUGGAAAAUGCAGGGAGACAAUUUCCCACGGUCUGAUUCUGAUUGCCAGAAGUAAUAUUAUAUGCUAUGGCAAGUUAUUCUUGGGAGAUUUGUUGCCUGCGGCAGCGCAGAUUUAAAGGGCAUGUAAAGUCAAAAAUCAUAAUCCUUGUGCAUGUUAUUAAGACCAAAUGAAAUAAAUUUGCACUAUACACCCAAUUAAAAAUUCUCUACCGUUUUUUAAUUAAAAGCCUUUGUAUUUUGCAUCUUAUGCUAUUCCCUUAAAAUUAGCUCUGAUCACAGCUCCUGGAAACCUACAGGGUCAGUGGCCAUCCUGAAGUGAAAACAACAGGGUUCUGCUCUGUAAUAGAUUUGAAAAAUAAAAACAAAAGCAGGGACUGUGAUAUAUCAGACUUGAAAAAAACAGAAGUUUGUUUACUGAAUUAUCAUUGGUCAGUUGCUGAUAGGAGCAAGUCAGGCACAGAUAAGGAAGUGAAACAUGAGCAAAGAGUGAAACACGCUUAUUCCCUUUUACAGGACUACAGAGCUCGAGUUAGUUGUGUUUUAACCUUGAUUGAACUGCUUUGCCAUGUGAUUUUUGUUUUAGUGCUUUCCUAUCUUAGGUCUAUAUAUAAACACUGAGUUAAAGGAGAAGGAAAGGCAUUUUUGCAUUUUACUGCCAAUAGAUUAGCUGCAUGAGUGCCACCUAGAACACUAUAUUUAUUCUGCAGAAAGUUUACCAUACCUGAGUAAAGAGCCCUAGAAGCUCCCUCCGUUUGUUUAAGAUAGCAGCUGCCUCUUACCAUGUGCCAUUGCCCUUAACAUUUUCUGUAAGGACAAUUUAAGUAUGCAGUUUGUUCUCCAAGUCCUAAAAUGAAAAUUACCCCACAGAAGCCUUUAGCUUAUUUCUGCUGAAAAAGGUAUGGACAUUUAAAGCAUUAGUACAGGUAUGGGUUCUCUUAUCAGAAAUCCUGUUAUGCAGAAAGGUCCAAAUUACAGGAAGGUCAUCUUCCAUACUGCCCAUUUUGAGCAAAUAAUUUGAUUUAAGAUUGCCGUUGUCUCUGUAAUAAUAAAACAGUACCUUGUACUGGAUUGUAACAUAACUGCAUGAAUCCAUACUGGUGGCAAACUCCUAUUGGAUUUAUUUCAUUUUUAUUUUUUUAUAUAAUGUUUAUAAAAUAAUAAACAAGAAGUAUAGAUCAUGUAUACUUAACAGAAUGUUAUAUAGGAUUUUA